UCGGAUGCAUUGACCAAAUGACCGUCGACCUUGCAGCCUGCAGAGCAGUGCCAGGGGUGCCAGGUCAGACACGCUUAGUAAUUAACGUUGACAUCGAAUCAGCGAGGAUGCUGGCUGUAGUCGAUCAUUAACUAGUCGAGAGUUUCUAUAAUUUUAAUUAUCGUCCAUUAUUGAUCGGUCCUGAACAAGGGAUUCUCGGAGACGAGCGAGACGAGUCGAUCGCGAUGGACAGGAGUACCGAGCAGAGGUACGACGACGAGACGUCCGAGCAGCCGGUGGACUACAGUAAGAAAUACAGCGAGAGGAAAACCGCAGCCGAGAACGCGACCGACCGAUCUUGUAAAAAAGAAUUCGGUGAACGCGGCUCGAAAGUGGAUUUAUUCGGCGAUUACGCCGAGACCGAUCUGGACCAACCGACGGAUUACAGUUUACGUUACGCCGAGGACGACACCGACGACGAUGAGAAACAAAGCCCGGAAUAUUUCCCAGGAAGCGUGCAGGAAGACACGGUGAAGACUUACUGCACGGAAGGUACUCCGUAUGAAACGCCGUUCAAUUUUUCCACUGCGACUUCCAUGUCCGAUUUGCGUCUGGAAGACACGAAGGAGGACAGAUCGGAUUCGCAGAAAAAGAACAAAAAGUCAGACCGCAAGGAAGGCAUGAAUUACGAGCGUUCCCUGUCUCUCAAUUGCAACGAAGACGGUCUUGGAAAGAAACUGGAAGCUUCGAAGAAUUCUGAGAACUCGGAAAAAUUGAUUAAUUAUUAUCAACCUGAGACGUCCGGUGGAUUCUCCAGGGCUAAUUCUCUGAGCUCCCUUGGCAGUGCUACGCAGAGGAAUAAUACUACUACGAUUUCUAAAGCACCCUCGACAGAUUCCUCUGAUAAGGACAACGUGUCGGAAAGGGUCGAUGCUGCAAGUAGCAGCAAUAAUGCAAACGGUUUACGUAUAUCAGAUGAGACUGAUAGCCCCACGGAGGGGAAGAAUAAUUCUAGGAUUAUGGAUAAAGAAGGCAAGAUGGUCACCUUCAGCAGGCAAGACUAUUACGCUGAACAAACACCUUUAAUGUUCUCACGUUGUAGUUCCCUUGGUUCUCUGAGUGGAUUCGAGCAGCAUUCCAUACACGACGAUCGUAGUUCCAUCGUCAGCGACUUUAGCCGUAGGACCAGCGGUGUCGUGUCUCCGAGCGAACUGCCAGAUUCGCCGACGCAAACGAUCCCUCCGAGUCCUCGGAAUCAUAAAAACCAGUGCGCGGAUUUCAUAAGCAAAAUACCUGAAGAAGCAGUAAGACCGCCGGUUCGACAUUUAUCUUAUCCGAAAUGUCGUCCGACGACGACCAGCGUUUUCGAGGACGAUAUUGCUACGUUCAAAGAGGAAUCGACGCCGAUUGAAUUCUCCACGGCUACCAGUCUCAGUUCUCUGACGAUCGACGAUGAGGUGAAAAUCCCGAACACUUCCGAGCCUCCGUUGAAAGAAACAAAAGAAACUGAGACCAAAGUGGAGAAAGACGAUAAAGUAAAUUUGCCGGAGGAGAAAGUUAGUAACGUUGAGACUGAGAAGGAGCAGGAGCAAGUGAGCGACGGUGACGAGGAUGACGAGGACAUUCUAGCAGCUUGUAUCAGUAGAGGAAUACAGAACAAUAGGUACAGGCAAUCGUUCAAAACUGUGCAAAAACCACACCAGCCAGAACCAUCGAAUAUAUUGAGUCGCUGUCAAAGGACGCCAGUUUUGAACAGGCUGGAGCCUCCGGUUCUCGUGACUCCCGACGCUCCGGCGACUGCCUCGAAGGCGAAGCCUGCGAUCGAAGUCGUGGCUGCUCCGGACUCGGUGCACGUUUACUGCACGGAAGACACGCCGGCAGAUAUUUCUCCCAUGGGCUCCCAGUCCAAUCUCUCGGCUCUAUCCAUGCCUAGCGUCCAGGAAGACGUGGAGAGGCCUGAAGAGGUGAAAUCAUCGAACGAAGUCGAAUGCCACAGGAACGAUCUCUCCGACGAGAGCUCCAAUUUAUCUGGCGAGGAUGAGAAGAUUCUUGACGAGUGCAUUCAAUCGGGAAUACCAAAAGUUCGACAGAUAACCCCCCCUCCGACGAAUUGCAUUCCAUUUGCACAGAAAACUGAGGUGCCAACGCAGAGAUUUAACAUCUGCGGCACUCCCUCGUCAUCGCCAGUGGAGAGCGCGAAUAAAAAUCCUAUUCUCCGAAAACCGAUGUCCCGUGCAACGUUAGAUAACGAGAACGAUCCAUUCGACAGUCCGAAUAAUUCAGACGACGAGGCUAUCCUCAGCGAAUGCAUAAGAUCCGCUAUGCCGAAGGUUAGGUUGAACAUGUCCACGCUUAUGGGUCAGUUAUCGCAGACCUCCACGAAGUCUAAAAUGGUUUCUCGAAAACCGUCGUCCAUUCCAUACCGACAGCCAGAGUACAAUGAACGGAGCAAGCCGCAGCCGAAGAAACCAGUGCCCUACGAGGACAAUUUAAGCCUGUCAGAAGAGGAGGAAGACAUCAUGUUGGCUCAGUGCAUAAAAUCUGGAAUGCCAAAGGCCUUGAACGUCUCUUCCAAUUCGUUUACCUCCGCGAAGAAGCAACAAGAUUACUCGAAGACUAGAAACACUGCCGGUUGUUACGCGAACAAAUCUUACACAACGAGAAACGCCACGGUGCAGACUCAGCCGCCGCACAAGCCUAUAGAAACCGACCAUCACGGAGGUUCAUCUUGCACUUUCCAUUCUGCCAAGUCGCAAGAGGCCAGGAAUCGGCAGAUUCUCAAAAACGGUGUUAAUCCGUACGAGAAGUUGAACGCUUUAUCGUGUGUUAGGAAGUAUUCUCAUUCGGAGCGGCAACGUAACGUAAACGAGAAUAUUCUGAGGUCCGAGGUGCCUAAUUGCAGGUCGCCCGUUUUACACGGGGCCGACAACGACGACGACGAGCCUUAUAGAAACGUCGUGAAAUCGAACGUCGCUCCUUCCAGGCAUAGUUCCGUCAGCUCCCUCAGCGAAGAGGGUUCCCUCGGGUCCAUAGAAGAAUGGGCGCUCUUAGAACUGUGUAUCAGUUCCGGGAUGCCCAGGAACAAGUACCGUUUGAAGGGAAUCAAAAACGAGGGGAACGUGAACGAGGACCGUGAAACGAUAGCCGAGGACAAUUACUCGAUCUGCAGUUACAAUUCUUACGUUUGUAAAACGUAAACUCGUACAAGACUGAAUAAGAAUUUUUGUAUUGAGAGGGCCUAAUCGUAUUUCGCGUAUAAUUGAGAAAUGUUUCAAUCGAUUCGUCCCCCUCGGGUUUUAUAUAUUUUAAUUAAUCAAAUGGUGCAAAGGGAAUAUUUUCCGUUAAAUAAAAAUAUAUCAUGAUCUCCUUCUAUCUUUCAGUAACUCUACGCUUCGGUUUCCACCGCCUAAACUGUUGUACAUUGUAAGAAUAAGCGUAUUUGAUAAAAGUUACGAUUGUUACGUUACAUGGCGUCGAUGAAUAAAAUUUCGAUCUCCAUUGUAA